GGAAGAGGCUUCUCUCUUUCUCUCCCCCCCCCCUCUCCCCGCGUCUCCUUCCCCCUCCUUCUCCAUCUAGGGCUGGGCUAGUCUCUCCCCUUCCUUCUCUCCCUUUGCUCGGCGGGGCCAAAGAUCCUCCGGAAAGUCCCUCUUUUGCUGGAGUUUGGACACACACAAAUAUAUAUAGAUAUAUUUUAAAAAGGUAGGGGAUAUUAAAAAGAAAAGCAUUGCUACCUUCCAGGGGAGGUGGAGGAAAGGAAUGAAAUCAAACCGCCCUACUCUGCAAGAUAAAAAGCUGAAAUCGGAAGGGAAGGAGAAAGAAAUCCGUAGGGAGGGGAAAGGGAAAAAGUUGCUACGGAGGCAUCGCUUCUCUGGAUCUCACCCGGAGUGAAAGAUCCCAUCUUUGAUUUGAGGCGGCAUGAUGCGAGUCUUUGGAGCCCCUGAACUAAUAAGAAGCUGAGAUUUUUUAUUUUAUUUUGGGAGGCACAAAUACAUCCUUUUGGAAACAGGGAACUGAACCCACCAUGCCGUUUGGGGAACCGGACCUGCAUGUCCUAAGAUGGCUGGUUUGCCAGGAGUGUUGAAAAAAUCAGUGUGAUGUGGCAGGAAGCUCAACUUCCCUCUGUGUGAGCAAACCGUUCUCCAACAUAUGUAUUUGCUUGGACACUGCAGAUUCGUGUUCUCGGCAGCCAGCAUCUAGGACAGCUCCAAGCCCGGAAGAGCCAAGAUUUAUGGAUAACCCACAAUUGUGGUUUCCUUGAAGACUGAACCACCAGCCUUGGCAAUCUGAAGCAGCAGAUGCGAGCAGGAGGAGCGGGAAAUGCCAUGCUAGGCCGCAUUCUUCGUGGCAGGGAGCUGAUCUUCGCGAGCCUCGGGUCCCAAGUAAACUUGGUUGCUCUGGGUGUAUAGCUCCCACACCUGCUCUUUAGUUUGUUUACAUGUAUUCAUCUACAUUAUAAUAAUAUAUCUAUAUUAUCGUGCACCCUCUCCCUGCGCCAUGUUCCUCAGCAGAGCCAAGUCAUGGCUCCCUGGACUGCCUUGGCGACGAGGAAAGGCGAAAGAUGUGAAAAAGGAUGAGGAGGAAUUGCAGGGGGAGCCGGAGGAAAGCACGGCGCCCCUGAAACCAAGAUGGUGGAGCGGCCGACGCCUCUUGGGCGCUAUUGGCUGGGGCCAAAGUUCCGCUGCUGGAGAGAGCUCCCUAUUGGCCAGGAUACCUCAGCACCUCUCGCCGCCGAAAGCAUCCGUCGAAUCGCCAGAGCAGUUGCAGAUCUGCUUCAACUUCGCCCGCCAUCUCUUUGACCUGUGCGUGGUGACUUUGCUCUGUGCCUCGUCCCCGGCCUUCCGGCUGGUUUUGGAUAUCCUGGGGUUCGGGGGCCCUCUGAAGGUCUGGCUCCACGGCUUUGCCUGCUUCUUAGUCACCGCUUACGGGAUGUACUUGGCCCUGUGGCUGGUGCAGGAGUACCUCGUGCAGUUUGCCUGCCUCUACGGCUUCCUGCAGACCCUGGUCUUGUGUGUCAGUAUCCAGGCCGGCGGGUCUGAGCCCCCAGAGGAGAAAGAGCCCAUCGACUCCGACCCAACCAAGGAAGAGGAACUGUCGGCAGCUGGCCCAGGCAAGCAGUCGCCGCCGCUAUAAGGAGGAAGACUCUGUUGGCCCGCCUCAUGCGGCUGUUCGGGGUAGAAUUGGGGGAUGAAGCCAAAGAGCGCAGCUGAUGUGGUCCCCAUUUAGGAUGGCUGGACAGACACGCACAAAAGAGGAGGGAAUAGAGAGUGUUGUGCGGCGGGUGUAUUGUUGCAAAAAACAUAUGUAUGUGUGUAUGUCCCGUCCCCCGCACAGGUGGUUCCAAUGCCCAUUUGUGAAUGGCUUUUUGGGGAGCAAAGGGAGGGGAACACCAUCACAACUAUGACCACCCAGAGGGGCCUUGGAGAAAUCAUGGGGCACGAGGGUGGGGGGAGUUGGGUGCACUCCACAUCCAAACCAGUCUGAGUCUGGUUUUCCUGUCUUGCCUGCCCCCAGUGGAUCUUGGGAACCAGAUUUGGCGGGAAGGUGAGGGGACUCGAGGGUUCAUUGAUGGGGAAGUGUUUGACCACUGAAGAAUGGACAUGCCUCUGUAGAGCAUGUUUGGCUGGCAGUUUUGAAGAAGCGUUGAUGGGGUGGUCCGCACAUACCCAGUUCCUAUAAUCUGCAAAGACUGGUGAUUUCAUCAGUCAGUGGGGUCCUCUUCACGUUUUAGCAGAGGCGUCCCUAGACCCAGUGUGAGUCGUCUAGAAUGGACACUGGGAGCUGUGCUUUGAUCUUGAACAGCAAGCAAGUGCAGCUUUCUGCUCUGGUGGCCCAGCAGGUGAGGGCAAGAGGCUUUGGACAAUCACUUUGGAGGGUGGAAGGGAGAGGGCAAGGGGAAAUGAUCUGGGAAGGGCCAGUAGAUGCCACAUUGCAUCUUCUUGCCCCCGUCUCAGGCUGGGGCAAGUGGGUAGGGUACUCAGGGGAUGGAGAACAUCCUAUCUUAACUGGGACCAGAGAGUGGAUUUAUCUGAGGAUAGGGAGGGGUGGAUUUGAGAACUAAGGGUCAGAUCCUAUGAGAGAGACCUAUUGUACCUGCACAAGAGGAUUCAAAGGAGCCAAUGGGAGGACUGGGGUUUGGCAGGAAGUGUUCUAAUUGGUAUGACAUCUAAUCUAGGGGAGGAAGAUUCCAGAAAGUCAUGAAAGCCUCCCACAACUUAGAGCAGGGGUACCCAUCAUGGCACCUUCCAGAGAUGGUUGGACUACAGUUCCCAUCAUCCCUGGUUAUUGGCUGGUCUUGCUGGGGCUCAUGGGAGUUGGAGUUCAGGAUCUUCUGGAGGGCAUUAUGAGGAAAUAUGUGAAACUACUGAGGAGGAAUCUGGAUGGGGGUGGACUACUGAGGACUCCCUGUUAGAAACGGACUGCCUCUCCUUAGCUUAUUCUGAAGGGGCAAGGUGGCUGUUUAGAAAGUUGAUCUUCCCCUCCAUCCCAAACCUCAGGGAUACGCAGUUCUGAGCCGAGAAUUUCAGCUAGAUCCCACCUGCUCCUCACCAGCAUCUAGAACUUUUUCCAGCAGCAGGAGAGUCUAGCUCUUUGCCCUGUUUUCUUGAUACUCACCCCCAAACAACUUCAGCAAUAUUGAGAUUUUAUGCUACCAGAUCAGCUUGCAAUGUGGGCAACGUGUUGCCCAAAGGAUCUGGGUGUGAUUGAGAGAGGAUCUCAGCACGCCUCUCUGCGGCCCAGGUGUGCUUGAGCCACGCAGGGAUACAAAUGUCUACCUUUACCACACACCUGCACCUGAGGUGUGCCCUAUUGCCUCGCAAGAGGGUGACCCAAGUUUCCCAGAAUAUUAAUGUUCACCUGCAGGCAGCUUGAUUACCUGUUCAGGCUUGCAAUUGGGGCUGCCAGCCAUAGGCCAAACCAGCCUCUCUUCCAAGGUCCUGUUUGUGUUUUUCUUGCCAGGGGAUGGAAAGUUUAUAUUGCGCCAUGCUUGCCGCUGGAACUAGGGACCACCAGAGUGGAUGUGGCAGUUGUGUUCGUAGGAACGUUAUUCCUUCCCUCAAAGUGGGGAGGCUCAUUUCUAGCAAGGCCUCCACAUUCCUAGGUCAGCACAUCUUUCAGAUCAGCUCAACACUCUUCAUUCUUCAAUUCUGUUGUGAUCAAGUAUGUCUGUUGUGAUCUCCUAAAACAAACGCCACCUUCUUGUGUGGAAUCCAUCUUAUGGUGUAGCUACGUGAGGUCCACAGUCAGGUCCUUUCCCAGUUAUACACCUUACAUUUCUGUCUCCCUGCCCCCUUCUUCCCUUCAAGAUCCACUGUCUCUGAUGCAUGCCCAGAAUGCCCCCAAACCAGAUGUUCUCACUGAGUGGUCCCCACUCCUUCCACAAACACAAAUACAGUUUAACCUCUCCUCUGCACACUCCUCUGUUAGCCACAAGCAGUGAUGUAUAAAAUAUGCCUUAAUUUUGAGUCUCUGGAACCUAGAACAUAUCGCCCUUUUUCUCAUUAAUCCCUUUUGUGAUGUCCCCUUUCCCCGCUAGAUCAUCCCUCUCGCUCUAGCUCCUUGAGAUCCACUUGAUCUCCAUGUUGUGAUAGACAAGAAAGUGGCAAAUCGGAUCAUUUAUUUUUAAAAAAAUGGUUGCAGGAAAUAAUUCUACAUUGCAACCACAUUCAGAGCAAGCUGCAAUCUCAUUUUCAGCAGAAACGCUCCCAUUUCAUCUAGGAAACGUCCUCUGGAUUCAAGGCCUUUUCCAAAAAUGCACAACCCUUUCUGCAAAAGCUUUCUCAGAUUCAUUUCCUUCUCUGAAUAUUGUCUAAUACCCAUGUGAUAUCUUUCAAGUGAAUCCCCUCUCUUGUCCGGAUAGAGCCAGAACGUCCCAUGCCUCGAGCGAGAAUAAAAAACUUAAGCGUUCCGGUUCUGAGGCAGAAUGAAUGCCUUCUCUAUCCUUUCAAACUUCUGGCCUGCCACUGCGGGUGCCGGCAAACACUGCUUUUGUGGUGUGCAUUCCUGUUCCAGGAAGAAGAGCAGGGCUUUGGCCUCCCAAAUGCUGUCGGAAUCCUAACUCCCAUCAGCCCUAGUCAGAACGGCCAGUAAUUAGGAAUGAUAGGAGUUGUAGUCCGGAGGGCCACAGGCUCCCCACCCCUGAAUCAGAGAUAGGAACUGAGAGGAAACGGUUCCCUUUGCCCAGGGUCAUGCGCUAGAUCUUUGUCUCUCUGGGUGCCAGAUCUGAAGUGGACACCCUUUUAAUUUCUCCUUCACAUUCACCUACGAACAUCUUGCCCUCUUGCUGAGGGACGAGUAGAAGGCCAUCGCAAUGGCUGUCGCUCUUUGUUGCUCCCUAACUCUGAGGAAAGCGGUCCGGCGGGGAGGCCCUCUGAGGCAAACAGCAGCUAGCCCCUUCCACAGUUAGAACACAUCACAUUUUUCUCCUAUCCAGGUACAGCUUUUCACCUGGCGUUCCAGAGAGCAGUGAGAGGGAAAGGUGCUUUGGAUAAUGUCCCCACCUUAAUCUCAGGGCCCUUGUAGCUGACUAACUAGGCUGACCACUAGCAACAGUCAUGGAUGUGACACUUCUGUGAUACUAUGGCCUCGAGGGACUCCUAAAAACCCCAUCUUGUGAUGUAUAGCUGUGGUACUGAAAUGUCUACUUUUGUCCUUCAGCCCAUUACUCCAAGACCUUUACUUGAAGCUGUAGAGCCACCAGCGCAGUUGUGUCCUAGCAGCGGAAUUAGCUGUUUCCUCAAAUUGAUUUUGACUACAGCCCAUUGGGGUAGGUCUAUAUUGUUGUGUUUUUUUAAUUCAGUCCAGAGCGGCGCAAGCCAGUCUAAAACGAAAUCCACCAGCAUAAACAUCCUUCCUUAGCACAAAGUCUUACGGAAUUCUUCCCCUUGUGCUGUUUGGUUGUUGUUAAUACUACAACUCCCAUCGUCCCUGACUGUGACCUGGGAAUGAUGGGAACUGUAGUCCAACAACAUCUGGAAGGCCACAGGUUCCCCAUCCUUGUGGGCCAAAGCCAUCGUUCCACCCACUGGAAUGUCACUGUUAUUCCUGGAAGAGGGCUAAUCUAGACAACGGACUAUUGGGGCUGGAUCUAGAGAGCUCUCUACACCUCAGAAACAGGCAGAACAGGAUUUCUGACACUUGUACAACUGAUUAGGAACCCAUCUUGUUUUUGAAAGGGAAGGGGAGAGGGGAGUGAAGAAAAUAUUUUGAAACGACUGAGUCUUAUAAUGGGUGAGUCCCAAAAACAUUUGAAGGCAGAACUUCCUUGGCAAACCUAUCUUUGAAUGUGAAUUUGUGGCAACUUUCUUGGGGAGAGGAAGGUAGUAUUCUGGUAUCUGUUGAUUUCCCACAACAACUGCACCCCCCACAAAAAAACCUCAUUCUUUCCUCAACCAAACUGAGCCGGAGUUGGGGGUGACAAGGAUUCCGUGAGGCCAUUUUUGAGAACGAGCAACUUGAGGAAGGGUUAAAGCCUUCCACCUGCCUCCCCUGGAAGUGUCCUGUCUGCACAAGUGCCAAAAGGAACAGACGAAGCUGGAAACCUGGUUUUUUCCACAUAAUGUGACGUUCCACCCUCUUAGUAGUGACUGACUUCUUAUGUUGGUUUCAAUGCAACGCAGUGCUCUUAAAAAAACAAAAAAAACCUCGCCGUCUCGCUUACUGGGAUUACCAGAGUGCUUAUUUGGGAAACCUAGUAAUUCCUCAGCAAAUUUAUAUUGCGUACAAAUCAAUCUCAAAAUGGCAGGUACUGAAGGGUGUGAGUGGCGUCACACAUACUAGCCAGUAGCCGCCUGCGAUGUUCCUGCUGAAACGUUAUGCACCCUGUAUCAUCGCACUGCUGGCUGUGCUAUUCUGCGUUGGAGGGAGGGAGAUGCUAGAAUUUUAAUAGGCUCCAUCCUGAGGCAGCGUUGUUAUGAAAACUGUGAGGAGUUUGCCAGUGAAGGGAAGAUCAAGAGAAAAUAAUAAUAACUGUGUGUGCUUCAUGAACACCAGAAGGAGGCUGGGUGCCUCUGUGUCUCCACAAAACGGUACAUCUCUGCAACCCCUUGAAAGCCAAAAUAUACCUCUUCCCUGUCCUGUUUGGUCAUGCACCACUCUAGAUGUUCCCCAGUGCCUGAGAAAGUGUGUUGCCGUUUGUGAUUUUGGAAGCAUAGUGGUUAUUUUCUUCAUUGGGUGGGGUGGGGUGGGGACCAAAUGACGCUGUUUUACUUGGGAACGCAUUGGUUGUGUAUAGGGGGCGGCUGCAGGCGGGAGAACUGCAUAAACUAACCUGUGUAUCUAUAUCCUGACUGCUGUUUCAACAGUUUAAAACACUGUUGAUUUGGAUUCGUUUAUUUUUCCAACCUGUGUUAAUUAUAUAUCUAUAUAUUUAAAUAAAAGGGAAACUUCAAAGAACAAUGCGAGGCUCUGCGAUUCUCAGUUGCAACCGGAGCGACCUACAGCUGUGCGUGUUGCUAGUUCUCAUGAUAACUGGAUAAAGCCUGGACAGCAAUCAGGCAGUUUUUACUGGAGGAGAGGGAAGAAAGGGGUUCAUCAUUCCUCUGGAGGCUGCCAGUGCUCGUCAGCAAAUACCCCCUGCGCUGUGGGUCCCUGCCUUCCCCCCCUUCCUCCUUUCACUUUUCAUAGCUCAGCUGGGAGGCAAAAUGAUUUACAGCAGGGCCCACAAACUUCAUUCAUUAACACUGUGUGUCUAUGUGUAUUUGUGGUGGAACACGGGAGGCAGUUCAUACAUCAUGCGAAAUAUCCAUAUCAAUUUUUAAUUGCAUUUUUAUUGCUUCUUUUAUUUUCUUGUUUUGUAUUUUAUUGUAUGGAAUUGUAUGCAAUAAAAUACUAUAGCAGGG